AUGGGGACUUCUCCUACUAAUUCAGGUACUUCUACUCCAAAGUCUAAUAAAUCAAACAAGAUGGAGAAAAGUGCUUCGAUGGUGAAUUUGACUGAACCUGAACUAUUUGGCUUUUUCAAGAAUGACUCGUUUGUUAAUUUGACUAAGGAUUUGGGCGGUAGUUUGAGCAACUCAAACUCAGAUUUGGAUUUAUCUAUAGGUGAUGAUAAAGACAUAGCGUCUACUAUUCCUGGUUCUAGUGCUAGUACUAACAUCAUUGCAAGCAGCAGUGGCACAGCAAACGCGUUCCAGACACUACCAUUUAUUGUAAAGCUAGUCAUUUUGUCGAGUUCAGCUUUUAUUUAUAAUGAAAUUAUUAAACAUAUUAAUUAUAAUCAUUUCAAUGAAAAUCAAUUGGUCAACUUCCCUUUGAGCAUAACCCAUGUUUUUCUUUACUCGUUUGUGUCAAAGUUCAAAGUGGGUAAUUAUUUCACCGAUUUUAAUUCAAGUGAAGUUGGUUUAAUGGUUGAUGCUGUUUUUGCAUUGACUUUACAAGGGUUGUUGAUGGCCUCGUUUCAUCCAAUAAUGGAUAGAAUAUUGCCGCUGUUUUUAUCAAAUAGAUUGCUUUCAUCGAGUCCCGAUAGCAAAACAAGCUCAUCUAGUGGUGGAACAAACUUUUUGAACGAUUUAAUCCGAACUUGCAUCACUUUUUUAGGGAUAAGUUAUGCAAUUAGAAAGAUAGAAUGGACAAGUUUUUUGCAGGUGUCAAUUAUAUGGUCAUUGAUUAAUCCUGGCUUAUGGUUAUUACUAGACGGUACAAUUCUGGGGUUUUUGUCCUCCUUGCAAUUUUCUGGUGCGACAAGUCCAGCUUCAACUGUCACGACGACAGCAGGAGCAGUAAUACCAUCAGCAGAAGUGGGUAAGACAUAUGGUCAAGUGAACAAAAACAAUAAUGGUAAUAACUCAAAGUUACUAUUUGGAAUCCUUUACUCUCUCAAAACAAUUGCAACAAAGUUGAUGCAGGACGCCGACUCUGAGUUAAACGAGCUUAAACAAUUUACUUUGGGCCACUACAGAGUUCAUUUUUGGGAAUCGCUAACCAAGUUCAAGUUUGUCAUUAUCACUGAUCUACAGGUGAGUGACUUGCAGCUAACACUAUGGCAAAUAUACUCGAAUUUCUUUAUUAAGCAUGUUGUUGAAAACGCAUUGCUGCCGAUUGAAUUCAAAUGGAAAGAGGAAGGAAAUGGUAAAGUGAGAGAAAAUGAUUUUCUGGGUAAGAUAAAUAAUACAAAGUUCAUUGAGGAGACAGAUAAGUACCUUCAAUCUCUCCCAAUGUAUUUAUGA